AUUAUUUACAGUCGAUUCUGACUUUACAGUAAUUAAUGUAUUGGUUUCAAUUUCCUUUGGUGUUAUUGAUCUAAUCGUGAGUAAUUCCGAUGUGCUGUAUUAACUUGGCCUCAAAGUAUAUAGUUCCAAGAUUUAAUCUUUUAUGAUACUUUGUUUGGCAGUUAAUCUAUUUAUACAACUCACAUAAUGGCCAGCUCUUCUCUUGACCCUCGUCACCCUGAUGUUCGUCUUAAAGCCUUAAAUGAUCUCAGUGGGAAAGUCUCUAUUGAUCGUAGUUUCCAAAUACGGUUAUAUUUCAACUCUGGAAAUGAAAUGCUUCGGAUGGGAAGGCUUUUCUUAAAGGAACGUAAUUACGAAAAAGUAUAUAUUUUGUACAUGAGAUAUGUGACUUUAUUUCUUGAAAAAAUUCGAGAACAUCCACAGUAUAAAGAAGCUGAUCCAGCUCAAAAAAGUGCAGUAAUUAAAACUUGCAAAGAUAUUUUCCCCGUUCUCGAAGAUUUGAAGAAUAAACUUAAAAGCAAAUAUGAAGAAGAAUACCUUGCUGUUCUCGAAAAAAGGGAGCAACAAAAGAAAGAAGAGGAAGAAGCUGAAGCUCGCCGGUCUGAAGGAAAACGGCUGGAAUUCCAAAAAUCAUUAGAAGAUCGGUUAGCUGAAAAGAUACAAUCCAAAUUGUCUGAAAUGGAAGAGAGACAAUCUCCUAAAGAUACUGAUAAAUCAAACCCAAUGUCAUUAAGGGUUUCCUCGUCACCAACUGCAACGCCAGCCACCACACCCGUAGAAAGAAAUAGUCAAUUUUCUCUGCCAGAAUCUUUUAAUGAACCAGGCAUUCCAAUGGUUGAUCGUUCCAAUAAACCUCAUGGUCUAUUUUCAUUGGAAAGAAAUGAAGGGUUCAAGAAAAUAAUUGUUCCAGGAGCAUUAACUUUGAGAUUUUUGGAGCUUGCAAAAUCUAAUACUGAAAGAAAUAUUGAAACCUGUGGUAUUCUUGCUGGUAGAAUCACUUCGAAUAAUUUCACCAUAACUCAUGUAUUAAUACCACCUCAAAGGGGAACCAGUGACUCAUGUUUAACCGAAGAUGAAGAGAAAUUAUUUCUUUAUCAAGAUGAACAUGAUCUAAUAACCCUAGGCUGGAUCCAUACACACCCAUCUCAAAGCUCUUUCAUGUCAUCAAUCGAUCUACAUACCCACUGUUCAUACCAAUUAAUGUUGCCUGAAGCAAUAGCAAUAGUAUGUGCACCUAAAUUUGGUGAAGUUGGUGUUUUUUCAUUGACCAAUGAUUAUGGAGUUGAUUUCAUUGCCCAGUGUAAAACUACUGGUUUUCAUCCACACCCAACUUCACCACCAAUUUAUGAAGAAAGUAAACAUGUUAUUUUUGAAGACAAAGCGGCAGUUAAGAUUGUUGACCUACGAUAUUAAUGAAUUGAUGAUUAAUUGAAUAUAAAAUUUCUUUAUAAUCAUAAUAUUCCUAUAAAUUGGCUUGCUAAUGAGCUUUAUGGAUACAUGGAACAUGAUUACUAUCAUGAUUAAUCUCUAUUUUAAUCUUUUGUUGUUUUUUUUGUUACAUCAGUCAAAUGAAUUAUAAUGCUCUUGCAAAUGAAAUUUUAUCCUUUAAUUUCGAACAUGAUAAAUCAAAAUAUCUUGAUUAUUUUAUUAAACCUAGUCUUGUGUAACUUCAAAUUUGAAAUUAAGGGAAAUAUUUCUCUAAUCAAAUGAUUAUUUAAUUGUGAGCAUCUUUGUAAAAAUCUUUAUUUAAAUGAAGUUUAUCCAAUGUUUCUUAUGCAAAUGAUUUAACUUGUUUAUCCAAGUCAACAAUUUAUCUGAUAAUAAUCUCUAAGAUCCCAUGAAAAUGUAUGAAAAUAAAUUUUAUU